AUUCCAUUCGGCCGGUAAGCCCCAUCGAUUGUUUUGACAAGUUAGUCGAAAUAAUAUUGAAUGAUAGCCCUAGAAGAAARGGUGUGUUGAAGUGUGACCGGUUUGGACCAAUCAGACGGCGAGUAGUGACGGCUUUUUCUUUUGGAGCGGUUUUCCUUGCUUGAAUAUUAGUUCGAGUCGAGGCAUGUGAUAUUUCAAUAACGUAUAUACGCGCAGAAACAUAAGUCGAUCUCUUGUAUGCGUUGAGAGAUUUCUACAAGGGCUUCGUAGUGAGAGAGGUCUCUGACCUUGAAGCGCUCCAGGGACAAAAAGUAUCACGUUUGGCACUCACUUCAAAACAUCUUGCAACCAGCUUUUUUAUGAUUUUUUCUCUGCGUUCCCCGAGAAAGUAUAUCCCAGACUGCCYUGGAGAUUGACAGAUUCAACGAGUGAAAACCAAGAGACCAUAUCUCUUACAAGGCGAACGAUCCCAAAGCAAAACAGCAUUAGAAUGGGUGCAUCAUCUGUGGUUAUGGUGUGGAUUUUCAUCGCGCWGUUCGGCGCUGCAAAACCCGGACAAAGAGUCGAAAGGGAUGUUCCUUUUAUGCCUAACGCAAACGCUUUGGAGCUUGCUUCAAACACAAACGCCGAGAAAUUAUGCCCUCUUUUGUCGUGGUUGAAGCCGCAUCAGAAAAAAAAGUGCUUGYUGUAUCCAGCUUUGGUGGCCAACGUACAAAGAGGUGUUGGGAUGGCGCUAACCGAGUGUAAAAAUCACUUCUCUGAUCAUCAAUGGAAUUGUUCUGGGAUCAACACAGCACAAGUCUUUAAAAGCCGUGGAAUUCUGACUACAGGGUCACGUGAAAGCGCUUACGUMUAUGCCAUCACAUCUGCGGGGGUGUCCUACCAAGUAACCAAGGGCUGUGCYGCGGGUAAUUUGGACAGCUGUGGCUGCGACUUGCGUGUUCGUGGACGAGAACCGAGAAAGGGCAAGGAGCCUGGCUGGGAAUGGGGUGGCUGUAGUGAGAACGUUAACUUUGGUGAUGAAUUCUCCAGGAAGUUCAUGGACUGGCARCCAGCGACUAAGGACAUCAAAUAUUUGUUGAUGAAACACAAUAACGAAGCGGGAAGAAAAUCUCUGCGAGAUAACAUGGGGAAGAGCUGCAAAUGUCACGGAGUCUCUGGUUCAUGCACGGUGAAAAUCUGCUGGAAGACGAUGCCAAAUUUCAGUGUCGUUGCUCARUUGCUCCGUAUUAAGUUCGACCGCUCGAUCCGCGUGCGCGCUAACGCCAACAAGAGCAAGCUUCAACGAACGACCCGAGGUAAACGAGGAAAACAACGAAAGCGAAAGGAUAAAAACCGAAAACCUCCCGCCUCCAGCCUCGUACACAGCGAAAGCUCUCCGGACUUUUGCCGACCGAAUUUAAGUCUAGGAAUUCUCGGGACUCAAGGAAGAAUUUGUAAUACCUCAUCGACUGGUAAUGAUGGUUGCAAACACAUGUGUUGUUCAAGAGGGCACGACACGGUGGAAAGAAGUAAGAUGGCCAAGUGCAAUUGUGAAUUUAUAUGGUGCUGUAAAGUAAAAUGUGAACUCUGUGAACGUGACUGGCUCGAGCAUUUGUGUAAAUAAACAAUCACGUGGUUGGACUAGGAUAAAAACUGGACUAUCACGUGCACAUCACGUGCGACAGUCUUGCGAKGCACUCAACGCACACUACGGAUAAACAGCAAUCAUUUACUUUUCUCUACGURAAUAUUUGACAUAUCUCAUCCACAUAUCAAAAACUACGAACCAAUCAGGUCGCGGGAAAUUUAAGCUCGCAUUGAGCAUGCUCAGAGAAACAAACAACAGUCACGUGACCAGGACGGACAAAUUUUUCUCACGCCAAGGAAUGAGGAUUUUAAAGCGGCAGCAAGACGAAAGAAACUAGACAACUGGCCUAGUCCGCAAACAAUUUAAAAUAUUUCCAAGUAAUAAAAAAGUUGCAUUUCGAAUGGUAAAAACAGUCAUCAAUGUUAUUAGGUAGCCYAACAUGCUAGCCUAAUCCGCAGGCUACUCCAUAUAUUCUCUGUUGGUAUCCCUGUAUUAAAUUGUAUGGCAGAGAAGAACUAGGAACGAGAGAGGAGGAGGAGGAGGAGGAGUGGGGAUGAGGGAGGGAGAGGAAAAGCGAGAGGAGUAGCAUCUCCUCUUCUUCUUUCUCUCUCCCCUCCCCCUUUCACCUUUUUCUCCUCGCCACAGGAAGCCCAAGGAGCAAAAAGAGCCAAGGAGAUGCCUGCGGAGAAGGCUACUAACAUGCAAGUAUUAGAAAGAACCCUACAAGCAUUUAGAUUCAGUUACGUCAUCAUAUGGCUUCCACCCUGACAUUAACCAAUCACAAUGCACUAAAAAAUGCGAACCAUCCAAUGACAAUCUAYGUAUAUUUGAUGCCAUAGCAGCGAACGUUUUCGCUUUUCUUAGAAAUUGAACUUCUAGAGA